AUGUCUUUCCUGGCCUCCGACUUCUCGCCGCUGUUCCGGCUCAUCGAUAACUACGAUAAGCGUGGACUCCACCAAACUUGCUCCACUCCCCGGGCUCCGCGCCGCACCUUCGCCCCAGCUUUCGAUGUGCGCGAGCUCGACGAUGGCUACUACCUGGAUGGCGAACUCCCAGGUGUGAGCCAAGACAACAUCGAAAUUGAAUUCAGCGACCCCACAACGCUGGUCAUCAAGGGCCGCACAGAACGCGACUAUAAGACCUCUGAGCCUAAGCUCACUUUGGAGCCCUCAGCAGAGACCCUCCGUGAAUCGUCGCCGCGCCAGCGCCAACCUACAGUCGAAGAUGAAGAUGAAUCUGAUUCCAACGACUCUGACUCCACACCCUCCGUGACUUCUGCCUCGGUCAAGUCCACUCCCGUUCCAACUCAACCACAGACUUUCAAGCCCCAUUACUGGGCCUCGGAACGUUCCAUCGGCGACUUCCAGCGCACCUUCUCUUUCUCCAACCGCGUUGACCAGGAUGGGGUGCGUGCCAGCUUGAGAAAUGGUGUCUUGUCCAUCGUGGUCCCCAAAGAGAUUGCACCCAAGCCCAAGAAGAUCCGCAUUGAAUAG